GAAACUGAAGUGUAGUUGAGCUGCUGUGUAUUUGUGUCUCUGUAUUUAUGCAGUAAGAUGGCAGGAGCCAGAGUUUCUCAGGAUGAGUUCAUGUGUUCAGUGUGUCUGGAUCUCCUGAAGGAUCCAGUGACCAUCCAGUGUGGACACAGUUACUGUAAGAUCUGUAUUACAGACUGCUGGGAUCAGGAGGAUCAGAUGGGAGUCUACAGCUGCCCUCAGUGCAGACAGACCUUCAGUCCAAGACCUGCUUUAUCUAGAAACACCAUGCUGGCUGAAGUGGUGGAGAAACUGAAGAAAUCCAAACUUCCUGCUGACUGUGACGCUGAAGCUGGAGAUGUGCAGUGUGACGUCUGUACUGGAAGAAAAUUCAAAGCUGUUAAGUCCUGUCUGAUGUGUCUGAACUCUUACUGUCAGAAUCACCUCGAACAACAUGAGAGUUGGUUUAGAGGAAAGAGACACAAUUUGACUGAAGCCACAGGACGACUGCAGGAGAUGAUCUGCCAGAAACACGAGAAGCUCCUUGAUGUUUUCUGUUGUACUGAUCAGAAAUGUAUAUGUGUGCUGUGUACGAUUAUUGAACAUAAACAUCACGACACUGUAUCAGCUACAGCACAGAUGACAGAAACUCAGAAGCAAAUGAAGGAGAUGCAGAAGACACUCCAGCAGAGAAUCCAGCAGAAAGAGAAAGGUCUUCAGCAGCUGAGGGAGGCUUUGGAGUCUCUUAAGCGCUCUGCACAGACAGCAGUGGAGGACAGUGAGAGGAUCUUUACUGAGCUCAUCCACUCCAUUGAGAGAAGCCGCUCUGAGCUGAUACGACUGAUCAGAGAUCAGGAAAAGACUGCAGUGAGUAAAGCUGAAGGACAACUGGAGCAACUGAAGCAGGAGAUCAAUGAUCUGAGGAGGAGAGACUCUGAGCUGGAACAGCUUUCACACACACAGGAUCACAUCCAGUUUCUGCAGAGUUUCCAGUUUCUCUCAGCAUCUCCUGAAUCUACAGAUGUUAACGACGAUCCCUACAUUUCUCUCUUUUCUGAUGGUCUGAGAAAAUCUGUCCAUCAGCUAAGAGACAAACUGGAUGAUUUCAGCAAAGAGCAGCUCAAGAAGAUCUCAGACAGAGUCACAUUCACCAACAUUGUUCUCUGGAUGAGGAACGACUUUCUAAAAUAUUCCAAACAGCUCACUCUAAAUCUGAACACAGUGAAUAAUCACCUCUAUCUGUCUGAGAACAACAGAGUGAUUACUAACACUACCACAGAACAGUCGUAUCCUGAUCAUCCAGACAGAUUUGAUGGAUUGAAUCCUCAGGUUUUAUAUAGAGAGAGUGUGUGUGGACGCUGUUACUGGGAGCUGCAGUGGAGUGGAGAUAUUGGUGUGUCUAUAUCAGUGUCAUACAAGAGCAUCAGCAGGAAGGGAUCUACUUAUGAGUGUUGGUUUGGAUUUAAUGAUCAGUCCUGGAGUUUGAUCUGCCGUCCCUCCAGUUACUCAUUCAGACAUGAUAACAUAAAGACUGUUCUUCCUGUGAAAUCCAUCAAUAGGAAAAUAGGAGUGUUUGUGGAUCACAGAGCAGGAACUCUUUCCUUCUACAGCAUCUCUGACACAAUGAGCCUCAUCCACACAGUCCAGACCACAUUCACUCAGCCGCUCUAUCCUGGGUUUUUGGUUUCUAGGCGAUCAUCAGUGAAACUAUGUUGAUGAAUCAGAAUAGACCGAUGAGAGACUCUACCCAUUAUGCUUUGAGUUUCAUGAUAAAAAAUUAACAGUAAGAUGUUACAGAGUCUCUUCGCUUCAUAACAUUAACAAUGCAGCUGAACUUCUGUCACUGAAAUAACUGUGUAAUAAAUCCUCAUAUAGACAGCAAGAACAGUGUGUGUGAGACCAUGAGUGACCAUGUGUUUCUGUGCUUUUCUCAACCUCUUUUUCUGUUGAUUUAGUUUUUAAUGUAGUGUCACAUCAAUCAUUUAUAUUAUUACUAUCAUACUUACCUUUUAAUU